AUGCUUUCAUUUUUUUCUUCAUUUCAGCAACCGCAUGAAAAUAUUGUUGUUGAUUUAAAUUCUACACCGAUAGUAAAAGACGAUCCCAAACAGUCAAAAAUGCUUAUUGACAUCAAAUUCCAUAAUCGUAAAACAUAUCUAGCAUUCCAGGAAGAAUUCAUCGCACUUGUGAAAAAUUAUUACAAAUCAAAGAUUGAUGAUAUGAACAUUCACGAUGAUAUGUCAAACAAUCGGAUUCAGAUAUCUGAGAAGGUUGUUAAAAAAAGUGAUGGAUUUCUCAUAGAUAGUACUCCAAACAGUAAAAAUGUAAAAGAAGCUGAAUCGACUCCAACUUACAGAUCAUCGUUUGGAAAAACAAUAUUAACUGGAAUAAAAGAAGAUUCUUCAAAGAAGUUAACAAAUUCACCAUCGAGAAAUAUAUGCUUCAAUUGCGAUAAAGAGAAUCAUUCACUACGAGAUUGUCCUGAGCCUCGUAAUAUGAAAAAAGUGAACAAAGCAAGGAAUGAAUUUAACAAACGUGAUUUACGUUAUCACAAUGAUAAUGAUAAUGAAUAUGGACAUUUGAUUCCUGGAAAGAUAAGCGAUGAACUGAAAACAGCAUUAGGAUUGAAGUCUAACGAAAUUCCGCUUCAUGUUUAUCGUAUGCGACUGCUCAACUAUCCUCCAGGUUGGAUUGAAGAAUCCAAAAUUCAUAACAGCGGGUUAUCAAUGUUUGUUGAUAGAAAUUUGAAGCAACUGCAACCUGAUGAAGAUUUAGGCGAAACGGAUGUAAGCGACUUCAAAUAUGAUUUACAGAAAAUUUAUGAUUUUCCUGGAUUCAACGUUUCUCCUGAAAAACCAUUUGCUGACAUGUUUAGAAUGUACGAAGUACCGCCAAUGAAUCUACAACAAUCCAAAGAUGAAUUUAUUCAAUCUCUAGGCGAAGCUGUUGUUAAUGGGUAUAAGAAAACAAAACUUAAUCAAUCGUUAUCUUUUGUGGACACAAACGAAGACAAUAAAACUUCAGAUGGGGUUGCUGACAUGGAUCUUGAAGAUGAUGCUGAUGAAGAGAAUCCACCAUUCCCUGUUACUUCAUCUCCUGAGCCACCAAUACCUGGUGACAAUUCCAUGUGUGAUUCCGAGCCAAUGGAAGACGGAGAAAUUAAAGAUGAUUCUUGCGAAUCAUUAAAUCAAAAUGAAAUUGUCAAUCAUGAAUCGUCGUCAUCUGUUAACAUCACACCAACUAUGUCGUCACAAAUAAUAAUUUCAAAACAAAAUCACAUGAAGGAGACAAUCAUUGAAAAUAGUGAAAAUGAGAAUCGAGAUAAUUGUGCAAAAAACUCAUCGCAUCAAAUAUCAAAUGGAGAAGAGAGAACCGGAUUAGUUGACGCGACCAUUUAUGGAUGUCCAGUACUGCCUUCAUUUAGUGGUUGCAAUUCCCUACCUGAUGGUGAAAAGUUUCAAGAAGGAGUCUGUGAUGUUAUUAAUUUUGAGAAUCUCUCUGAAUCAACGGGAAAGUAUGAGAAGAUGAAAACAAUCAUCAAGAAGGUUCGAAUCUUUCAAAAAGAUCAUCACAAAGAAUGA